UUUGGUUUGGUUUUGUUUUUUUUGGUUGCGCAGCCAUUAAAAAUUGCUGGGUGGGCAGUCAGACGAUGAGAUGUUGACAGUCCUCCCACGGGUUUCGCAUAUUGCUAAUGGAAACACAAGAGAUAAGCUUCAAUAUCUGUUAGCGUUUUACAUAACUUGUACGAGCAGUCUACCUUUUCUUUCUUGCAUUUCCAGUUACAGGGGCACCUGAUUUUCUUCAUAAUCAAGUCAAUAUCAAGCAAUGCAAGACUAUUGAAGUCAAGUGGAGAAAUUUGAUUACCCCCUAUGAAGCAGAAUGAGCCAACAGCAAAGCUAAAACCAGCUUGCAAGGUUGCUCCCAUUCCCAUGUCGCAGCAGCGGAGCACCACCCCUUCGAGCUUUAGAGUUAACUCCAAGCCUAAAGAUCAGUCAGCAGCUAGGCCCAAAAGUGUACCCCCUGACACCACCAAAAACAGUAGGAAGUCUGUGAUGAUGAUGAACAAGCCUAAAUCUGGGGACCAACUGCCAGCAGGUGGGUGCUAUCACAAGGGUAGAGUUGUGGAACAAUUUGGAAAGCCUAGGCGUUCUAGUGCUAAUUCAAGCUCAACAACAGAGAAGAAUAGUGCUGUUGAUGAACUGAGAGAGAAGCUAAGUUGUAGUGAGGGUUUGGUUAAAGAUUUGCAGACUCAGGUGAUGGGUUUGAGGGCAGAAUUGGAUGGGGCUCGGAGCUUGAAUAUGGAGCUGGAGUCUCUUAACAGAAAGCUCAAGGAGGACCUUGCUGCUGCUGAAGACAAGAUAGCAGCUCUUUCAAGCCCUCAACCUGACCCUGACCCUGACCCUCACCCUGACCAGGUGCACCUGCAGAAGAGGGAGUCAAGUGGAGAGUACCAGAGCCGCAAAUUCAAGGACAUUCAGAAACUCAUUGCCAACAAAUUGGAACACCCAAAAGUUACGAGGGGGGAGGCAAGAACAGUUAAAGUGCCACCACGGCCAACUGCUUCUUUGGCUCCCAAAGAUGCCAACCAUCAGACAAUCGCACCAAUAACUUACUCUCAGCCACCGCCUCCACCACCACCGCUGCCAUCGCUGCCACCGCUGCCACCACCUCCGCCACCACCUCGGUUCCCUGCUAAAGCAGCUACCACUCCAAAGGCUCAUUCCGUUGUAGUGGGCCCUGUACAAAGUUACCAAGAAAAGAAAAAGGACCCCCCAGUAGCAGCAGCAGCAUGGAAUCAAAAGAAACCCACGGUUAUUAGCGUGCAUAGUAGCAUAGUUGGUGAAAUUCAGAACCGCUCAGCUCAUCUGCUAGCAAUAAAAGCGGAUGUUGAAACAAAAGGAGAAUUCAUCAACAGUCUUAUCCACAGAGUCUUAGCUGCAGCCUAUACAGACAUAGAAGAGGUCCUGAAAUUUGUUGAUUGGCUUGACAAUGAACUUUCAUCCUUGGCCGAUGAGCGUGCUGUGUUAAAGCAUUUCAAGUGGCCUGAGAGAAAAGCUGAUGCCAUGCGAGAAGCUGCUAUUGAAUAUCGUGAUCUAAAAUUAUUGGAAAUGGAGAUUUCUUCCUUUGAGGAUGACACUAGCAAUCCAUGUGGAGUUGCCUUGAAGAGGAUGGCUGGCCUAUUGGACAAGUCGGAAAGGAGCAUACAGAGGCUUAUCAAACUGAGAAAUUCAGUAAUCCGUUCUUAUCAGGAGUGUAAGAUUCCAGUUGAUUGGAUGCUUGAUUCCGGAAUGGUGUAUAAAAUAAAGCAGGCUUCUAUGAAGCUGGUCACAAUGUACAUAAAGAGAGUGGGAACGGAGCUUCAAUUGGUACGCAGUUUAGACAAGGAAUCUGCACAAGAGGCACUGCUUCUUCAAGGCAUGCAUUUUGCAAAUAGGGCUCACCAGUUUGCUGGAGAUCUUGAUUCAGAAACACUGUGUGCUUUUGAAGAGAUCAAGGAAUGCAUUCCAGGACACCUUGUAGGAUCCAAAGAAUUGUUGGCAGGAAUAUCAUCAGCCUGAGUCGCAUGGUUAGUUAAUAGAUUUGAUUUAUCAUCAGCACUUGAAUUUUCCAUUUUGUCCUCUGCAGAACUAGUUGUAGUUGUGGAAAUAACACAAGGUAGAGGUGAUGUGAAUUCAGAAUAUGUAACAUAUUUUUUCACUUUUUUGAUGAAGUUGGGUUUAUAAUAUCUCAUGCAUGCAUGCAUCCUUCUA